ACGGGGGGGGGGUUAGCUCGUGGGGUAGGAGCGGGGACUUUUAGUAUGUUGUUCAGCAUACCACCCUAGACAAUAUUUAUCAAAAAAACCUUUGAUCGCAAUAAUGUUCGGGUUCACCUAUUUUUUUCUGGUAUUUGACUGGGCUACAGGGGAAAACAUGAAAACAAUUAUAUUUUCAAAACUGGCACAACCUACACCGCCAGCGUUUUUUUCGUUAUUUGAAUCACGAUUCGAAUUAGAUAAGGUUAUUUUUAUUUUCUUUCUUUUUUUCCCCUACUAUUCUCAUUGAACGACAAAACAUAUUUUUGAUUUUUACAAUAUUUUACUGAAUAAAUUUUGACUACAAAUGAUAUUUUAAGCAAUUGUUGUUGAGUUCAUCCAAGAUUAACAAUAAAAUUUCACCAAUUUCUGACAUUUUUUAGUCACAUUAAUGCCCAUUGCACAGAUUUUAAGAUCCUAGAUAAGUAUACCUAAUUUUUGACAAAUUUUGUUUUACUUUGAUGGCGUUCAAACAAUUUUAUUGAAAAUGAUUCAUUAUGUACGCAAUUUUCAGAAAAUUUCGUUCAAAUUCUGAGAUGUUUCAUCAAUUUAUGGUCAUUUUUGCUUUACAAAAUUUUAGUCGAUUUUUUUUUCUAAUUUUCGGGAAAAUUUCAUUUAGAUUUUAUACUUUUCAAAAAUAGUAAAUAGGUAUUUCACGUGAUUUUUGCAGAAUUUCAAUUCAAUUUUGAUAUAAAUUUGUUCAAUUUUAUGUAAUUUUUUGAUUUGUAGAUACUUAUCUUUACAAUACAGAGGUGAUACGUCCACUUUUUCCGUUUUUGUACGCGGCAUUUGUAAUUUAAAUGGUCCUCGUACCUGAAAUAUUGUUACAUUCAAGUACUCGAAUUUGAAACUGAAAAAGACCACAGCUCACGGUCUACCUGAAAAAUUCAAUUUUUUUCAACCAAAUUUUCCUUUGCUGAUUCUUACUUCUCAAUUUUUCACAUAAGUACCUAUCCCCUACUUUCCAAUACAGCAACAAAAUUAGAAGUGAAUCAUGAAAUUUCUCAGGUUCUACUUACAUAAAUUACAUACGAAAAUGUACCUACUAAUAGGUUUGCUUUUGUGUAAUUUUAUUUUCAAACUUUGAAACUUUCAGCUUUAAUACCACGUUACAAAAAGAGUUGAUUAUUGGAAAACAAAACCUCAAACUUUUGCGAUGGUUCAUUCAAGGUUGUUUCGUCCCCUUUUAUUGCACAAUUCUUUCAAAUUGAAAAAAAAGUUGAAAAUUGACCUACGAUGUUGUCAAAUAUAUUACUUAGCCAGCUGAUUUCUUUGGAAAAUCGUAGCAUUUAUUUGGUAGGUACCUACUUAGAAAGAUGUAGGUACAGGGUGCCCAGAAAUAUCGAGUACCCCUAAAACAGUUUUCUACUAAAACACUUUGGUUGGUCACAGUGAAUGAUAAUAAUGAUAGCACAUGAUUGGUUGUUGGACUGGAGAGAUAAGAUUCCACCAAUCGUAUGUAUCUAUUUUUUCAUUGGUAACGUGAAAUAUAUGCAUAUGAUUGGUGGAAUAUUAUCUCUCCAGUUCAACAACCAAUCAUGUGCUAUCAUUAUUAUCAUUCACUGUGACCAAUCUCAAGUAUUUGGCAGAAAACUUUCUUUGAGGUACUCGAUAUUUCUGGGCACCCUGUACAAAGGUACCGAAGAAAGGGUUUCGAAAAUGAAUAGCCUAUUCAGAAGUAUGCAGAAAAAGAAAGAGUUAUUUCCCCCGAAUACCCCGAAUGUAUCUUUUAAAAGGGUGUGACUUCGUGAAUCAGACGUUCGAAGAGAACUGGUUGUGAACUGUACACUACUUUAUCGUGAAAAGUGCAUAAUACCAUGUUCUUGUCAAUAUUAUGUAAUAAUCAGACCGUAUCCGCAUGCAUAAUGUUGUAAGGAAUAUUCAAACAGUGAUUGUGUUGCGUUUGCAUAAGUGAUACAGAUGAGUUUUAAAACAUAGAAUCGUUGUGUACUUACUUCCCAUUUAGUAAACUUGCUUGAAAAACGAUCGUUUUUGAUGUUUUAUUCGGAUCGGUUGUUAUGACAAUGCAUAAUUUCAGUGAGCCUUACGAAAUUGAAGAGCUAUUAAAGAAAGAUAAAGACGUAGGCAAUUCUAUCAACAUUUCUAACCCAACGUUGGAUAAAAAUACAUCGAAAAAUGCGAUAUACAGCUCUGUCUUUCAAAAUGAUACUACCACCGAUGCUUCAAAUAAGCAAUUCUGCAGGAAUUUUAGAGACAUCACGAGUAAUUAUGACGAUGACGUUCCUACCAAGGCAAAAAAAUUGGAGUUGAAGAGAAAACUCAAAGUUAAACAGAGUCAACAGCAAACAAAAUGUUCUCGAUUUGAAAUUUUCAAAUUAAGAAAACGAUGUUCUCAUCUCGAAGAUACUGUAGCCAAAUUGAGAAAAAGAAUCAAGCGACUGGACGAGAGAUGCAAUGUUGUGCCAGCAGAAAUCGACAGAAACAUAGCAGAAAAUACUCGCCACCAAAUAGUGACCAUUUAUUAUUCAGAAAAACAGGACAACAGCUCUUGUAUUACGGAGGCACUGCCUACAAAACAUUACGAAAAAGAAGCGUAUGAGGAACGUAUUGAUGAAGAUGAUCAAUUUCCAAAUUUGAACGCUCUCAGCUCCCCAAAAAAAUUAGAGGAUGGCGGUAGUUGCAACGCAGAAGUUCAAUAUCAACAACGUUUUGAAGAUGAUCCCACCUCAGAAGAUUUACAGAACUGUUUUUCUGAUCCGACGAAAGCGGCCGAUUGUGUGUUCUUCAACGUAAUACUCGACGACAAUGAGGUUGUCAGUGAUAUUUCUGUCAAUUCUCAAAUUAACUAUCAGUUACAUAGGAGUUAUACCGUUACCAGUUCAAAUAAUGAACAUUUCGAUAAAGCUCACGUGGGGCAAACACAGCGGAUGGAACAAGAGCAAAUGACAACCCAACGACCAAACUGUAAUGAUGAGCUAAAUGUGUGCCAGCGCAAUGGACAGGCCUCUUCUUCAGCUGGGUACUCAAAACCUCGAGAAAAAGGAGUUGAGGGACGGUCUACUCGCUCUAUUAAAAAGAAAAAAGAACUCCCUAACGUAGCUAUCACGAUACAAACCUCCGACAGCAUUCCAAAAAAGGUACGAGGAGUAUUGAUGCAGGAUUCACCUCCAUACCGUUGCAAUAUUUGCGAUAAAACGUAUUCCAGUAAAUCUUCUUGGAGAUGGCAUCAGCAAAAACAUAUUUUGAAGCCAUUCCUGUGUCCGAAAUGUAAAAAAUCAUUCGCUAAAGAAUCCUGCCUCAUUGCCCAUCAAGCAACUCAUACUGAAAUGAAACCUUACAAAUGCGAAAUUUGCGGCGCACGAUUCAAGCACAAUCAUACUAAAUUAAAGCACGAACGAUAUAUGCAUACAGAGGUCGCUUGUUUCGAAUGUGCUGUUUGUGGGAAAAUGUUCAACCAUAGGACUUCUAUCAUUCAGCACUUGCGAGUACAUUCUGAUAAAAAACCGUUUCGUUGCCAAACCUGUGGCACAAGCUUUCCUUCCAAAAGCCAACUUGUUUCACAUCAAAGGAUGCAUAGUAAAGAAAAAAACUUCAAAUGCGGCAUAUGUAACCAGCGAUUUAAAUACGUACAUAAUAAAACAAAGCAUGAACGUUUACAUGUGGAGGGCUCUCGUUUCGAAUGCGCCUUAUGCGGCAGAAAAUAUCGCACGAAAAGUAAUCUAGCCCGUCACAUACACAUAUCGUUUGGUUGCAGUUAGAUUUCAAUAAUUAGUACCUAUCUGAAUGUGUGCAGAUUUAAAUUCGGGGUUUCUUUGUGUUCUGUGUUUUUGAGUUCUUACUUACCCAUGAUGAAAGAGUUGAAAAAUGGUUUGCAAAUUUUUGUACUGCAAUGAUAAAUAGACAUACCUAAUAUGUUCUUAUUUUUGCAAUAGGUACCUAGCUACCUACUAUACCUACUUAUUUUUAUUCGUUCUUAUAUGUAUAAUUAUAUUCAACAGUUUAAUACAAUAAUGUAGUUGAAAAUUAUUGACGUUGAUCACUGCAUUCUACACCGAUUUGCAGUUCGAUUUUUACUUUUAGUGAGAAAAGAUAUCUUCCCGUUUAAUAAGUAAAACCAUGGUAAUAUAGUAUGUACAUAAAUGGUUGUUGAAAUUGUAUUUAUCCUCCAAUAAAAUAUAUUACCUGAUUUCGUUACAAACGUACAUUAUAAUUACUGUUAUAGAUUUCAGCUUUGGCUCUUUUUCAGCAGUAGGUACAAACAAAUAUAUUUGUAUGAAUCGUUGUUUAAAUUGUUAGUUGUUUCGUUGCAUUUUGAACGCUUCUUUUAUUUUCUAUCCGUAGACGUUUCAUUAAUUUAUGGUCAUU